GGGAGGUGGCGGGCAGCGAGUAUGAGAUCACAGGGCCUUAUGUGAGAGGCCCGCUGUGCUCCUCAUUUCCCCGAGCUUCCAAUGAGAGAGCUCGGAGCCGGAUGCCAUCACAGCCCGAGUGACAUCAUCAGCACACUCCAGCUGCUGGCUGUGCGAGGAAACUUUCAAUGAGCACAUCUCCCCCUCUGUCCUGCCGUCAUGUCCUGAGCUCCGCGCCUUCCUCCAGGCUGGGAUCUGAGCGCACUGACACCACUCACAUCAAUCGCUUCCUUGCACUGCAACUCUCUGCACACCAUGGGAUUGCCUCCGCUGGAGUUCACUGAUUGCUACCUGGAUAGUCCUCAGUUCAGGGAGAGACUGAAAUCCCAUGAGACCGAGCUGGACAAGACCAACAAGUUCAUUAAAGAGCUUAUCAAGGAUGGCAAGUCACUGGUGGCAGCACAUAAGACUCUGUCAUCCGCAAAGAGGAAAUUUGCUGGUUCACUGAAUGAAUUCAAAUUCCGGUGCAUCGGCGAUGCAGAAACUGAUGAUGAAAUCUGCAUUGCCAGGUCUCUGCAGGAAUUCGCUGCUGUACUGGGCAAUCUUGAAGAUGAACGGAUGCGGAUGAUUGAAAAUGCUGGAGAAGUUCUCAUUACACCUCUUGAAAAAUUCAGAAAGGAGCAGAUUGGUGCAGCCAAGGAGGUGAAGAAGAAGUAUGACAAAGAGACAGAAAAAUAUUGCAGUGUUCUGGAAAAGCACAUGAACCUGUCAUCCAAAAAGAAAGAGGUGCACCUACACGAGGCGGAUAGUCAAGUGGAUCAGAUGAGGCAGCAUUUCUAUGAAGUGUCGCUGGAGUAUGUUUUGAAAGUGCAUGAAGUCCAAGAGAGGAAAAUGUUUGAAUUUGUGGAGCCGCUGCUGGCUUUUUUGCAAGGACUGUUUACAUUUUAUCAUCAUGGCUAUGAGCUGGCAAAAGACUUCAGUGACUUCAAGACACAACUAACAAUUAGCAUCCAAAAUACACGGGAUCGGUUUGAAGGCACACGCUCUGAGGUAGAAGCCCUAAUGCAGAAGAUGAAAGAAAACCCUCAUGAACAGCAAAUGAUGAGUCCUUACACAAUGGAGGGAUAUCUUUACGUCCAGGAGAAACGGCACUUUGGGACAUCCUGGGUUAAACAUUACUGCACUUAUCAACGGGAAACAAGACUGCUCACUAUGAUUCCAUUUGAUCAGAAGACAGGGGGAAAAGUGGGGGAAGAAGAAGUUGUUCACUUGAAGUCCUGUAUACGGCGAAAAACAGAUUCCAUAGAGAAGAGGUUUUGCUUUGAUGUUGAAGGUGUUGAUCGGCCAACUAUAAUAACUAUGCAGGCUCUUUCAGAAGAAGACAGAAGGCUGUGGAUGGAAGCCAUGGAUGGCCGGGAACCAACACCACUCUGGAUGAAUGAGAAAAGGGGGCAGAUUUGGACAACAGCAUUGUCAGUCUGGAGGGAGGUUUACAAUUCAAACAAAGACAGCCAAAGUGAAGGAACUGCCCAGCUGGACAACAUUGGCUUUAGCAUUAUCCGGAAGUGUAUCCAAGCAGUGGAAACGAGAGGAAUCGGUGAACAGGGACUUUACCGAAUUGUUGGUGUCAACUCCAGAGUUCAAAAACUUCUGAGCAUCUUAAUGGAUCCUAAAAUUGCUGAACCUGAAACUGAGAUCUCCACAGAGUGGGAAAUAAAGACAAUUACAAGUGCUUUGAAGACAUAUUUGAGGAUGCUUCCAGGGCCCCUCAUGACUUACCAGUUUCAGAGAAGCUUCAUCAAGGCUGCUAAACUUGAAAACCAGGAAUCCCGCAUAAAGGAAAUCCAUUGUCUGAUUCACCGCUUGCCGGAGAAGAACCGACAGAUGUUGCACUUAUUAAUAAAACACUUGGCAAGUGUUGCUGCUAAUCAUAAGCAAAACUUGAUGACUGUAGCCAACCUGGGAGUCGUUUUUGGGCCCACACUUUUGCGUCCCCAAGAGGAAACUGUAGCAGCCAUCAUGGAUAUCAAAUUCCAGAAUAUUGUUGUUGAAAUAAUUAUUGAAAACCAUGAAAAGAUGUUUUCCACAGUGCCGGAGAUGCCACAGACAAACUCCCAGCUGCAUUUGUCUCGUAAAAGGAGCACUGAUUCAAAGCCGCCUUCCUGCAGUGAGAGGCCUUUAACGCUUUUCCACACAACGCAUUCCACAGAGAAAGAUGAGAAAAGAAACAGUGUAAAUUCCAGUGCAGAAUCUGUCAAUUCAUCCAAUGCAAACAGUUCCGUGGGUUCCAGCUGUGUUCAGCGGUCCAACAUGAACAAUCUCAACUCCAGUGACCCUGACCUGGAAGUAAUCAAAAUGAGCAGGCCAAAUUCACUACUGAACCCCAAGAAUAUAACAAGCCUAUUACCAAGCUUACUAAAUCCAAGUCCAACAUCACCACUGACUUGCCCAAUGUUUUCUGCUCCAUCAAGCCCUAUGCCAACAUCUUCAACAUCGAACGAUUCUUCUCCGACAAGUUUGCCAAGGAAAGCAAAGGCCUUGUAUGCAUGUAAAGCCGAGCAUGACUCUGAACUCUCAUUCACAGCUGGAACAAUGUUUGAAAAUGUUCACGCAUCCCAGGAGCCAGGCUGGUUAGAAGGGACGCUCAAUGGAAAGACUGGACUUAUCCCUGAAAACUAUGUGGAAUUCCUAUAGCUUUACAACCUGCAAUCAGCGUUAAGCUUUACAUGGUAUCCAUGACAACUGCUGACGGUGUUGAAGAUUGUCUGUCUUUACCUCUAUGAAUUACAGGGUGAAGGACCUCUCAUUACCUGUUGCAGUGAAUAUGUGUGUUCAUAGUAAUGUACAUGUUUGAAAUGUUGUAUGGUGGUGAGAUAUACAGAAAUGAAAGUUGUUUUUUUUUUUUAGUAAGGGACCAUUUUAUUUUGCUGUUGUUUUACUGCUAUAAUUCACUGUAUUUUGUAACCACUAAAUUUGCCUAUACCUAUACUGUACCAGACUGGACUAAAAAGAUUAUCUUAUGGGCUGCUUAGGCAAUUAUACUAGACUUCUCUGGAAUUUUUUUUAUGUAUGGAAAAUCAGACAAACCUUGAGAGCAGACUUAAUGCUUCCACACUUAUAAUAAAUGUACAUUUAUUUUUAUUUUGCUAGCAAAUUGAGCAUGACAUUUUAAAAAUUGCAAAAAAUUGUAUUUUAAUUUAUAAAUAAUUAUACAUACUGUAGCUUUGUUACAUUCCUAUAACAAGAUAUUGUAACAGUGUAUCAGUGGAUGGUCAUCCAAUUGAAGACCUCUCAUGGAUGGUUCCAUAUGCUCCCAUCCUCUUUUUUUUUUUUUUUUUAUUAUAGUAUUUUAGGUUUCGAGUAUAAAUCGGCAGAUAUAGAAUCAAGUGAAUCAGUAUUUCCCUGUUCAUGGGGAAAUACCAAAAAAUAGGAACAUUUGAUGACACAUGAUUCCAUAGUACUUAUGAAUCUCCAUGCCCCAAAUCUUUUUAUUUUUAAUUUAAUUUUCUGACCUGUCACAGGAUUAACUGGUUGCUCUUCCUCAUCUGUCUUCUGCCAAAAACUGGGACUAUGUAGAGAGCGGUGCUGAUGUGAUGCCAUUGGCACUACUCUCUAUAUCAGUAUUCUGGUGGAAGGGGCACAGUGCUCAGUGAUUAGGGCCAUGUUGCCCUGCGUUUGCAGUUUGUUUUUUUAGUUUCCAGAAUGCGGUAUACUGGAUUGAGGGGAGUAGAGAGGAGUAAGGGGCAGCUUCUGUUUAAAGGUGAGCAUUGCAGCUUAGCGGUUUUUUUUUUGCUUGUUUUUAUAACACCUGGGGGGGCAUAUAUAUGCAAAAAAUAAGCCCAGAUUUGGGCUUUUACAUUUUAGAGCCUUAAUCACAGAAUAGUAUAGCAUAUAUAGGCACUGCAUUUAGCGUAUAUAGGCACUGCUAUUGAUAUAGUCAUUUUUAGUUUCCCUGUCACUUAUGGUGACCAAGUUUUAAUAAUGCAUUAAAUGAUACAAACAAGAGCAUAUGAAAACAUCACUGUAAUCCUAUCCUAGAAAUAUAUUUUCAAGUGCUCUUCAUAGAGUAAUGGCUUUAGUUUAUAACUGUAACUAUGCAGCUCUCUAGAUACAAUUAGAUGUUCGCUAUCUGAGCAUAAGGCUUACCGAUGCUAUUAAUGUGUUUCUGUGUUUUACUUGGGAAACCUUUUUCCAUCACAGUGCUCGUGUAUAGAGCCUUCUAAUCUAACUGCCCAGACAGACAGCAAGAUCUUACAAAUCAUUCCCAAUUUUAAGAUUACUGCAACUCCAAAAAUGCUGUUGUUUCUAUUGAGCUUUGUAAGUGCAGAUCAGGAAAAAAAAGUUAGUAUGUACACAGCUUACAUUUAAUGUUUAGUGACAAAGCACCCUGAGGGGAUAUAUUUUUCCCUGAUCCAAUCAGAACUUCCCUACUGCUGCAUGGCAGCCUAUGGGCAUUGCAGUUAGUCCCUCAGACACUUGGAGCUGUGUUAUGAGAAAAACGGGAUAGACGCACAUGCUUCCCAUACUUGGAAAUACCAUGUAAUUCACAUUGCUUCAAGCAUCUGAAGCAGCGAGUUACUAUACUUGGUAAAUGCAAAUCCUAAAUGAUUAUGCCCAACAGGUCCAGUUUAAACUCUUAGAUGUACCCAUGAUCUUGUCACUGACUACAGAACACUGCACCGACUAUGAUUGCUAGAAAAUCUCUUGAUUGAGAAAAUCAACAGAUGUCAAUUAAACUUACCCAUAAUUAGAUAUAGGUAUGAAAUGUGUUUCAGAUGCAUUAUAUUUUAAGUGUGAGGCAUUUGUUUCUGCACUCAAAGUUAUUGUAAGUUGCACUGUAUGUGCUCUGCAGUUUAUGCUUUUCUCCAUCAGUUCUUUGUCUUUUACAUUUUUUUUUAAGUACUUGAGUUUAUAAAUUGCUGUAUAUUUUAUUUUUCAAAUAUAAUGUUGUAAAUAGAGAUUUACGUGAAGUACUGUGAGGUAAAGUUCUAUAUUUGAUAUUUUGUGCACUAAUUCUGCUCACUGGGGUAACAUUAAAUGUUUUUAAUGUUUUUAUAGCCAUAGUUAUUGUAGAUCUCCAAGAAAUAUAUAGAAGCCAGACUGGUUAAAAAUGUCAAGCAGUGAGGCUGAAAUGAGAAGACUGAACUGUGCAUAUACUGUACCUUGCAGUCAGCUGAUCUUUUUUGUAUAUUACACUUAUUUCACUGCUAUACCAUAGAAUACACAUUGAAUCAAUCAAUGAAUACAGAGUUUAAAUGGAACAUAUGUGACUAAUAUCGCAGCUACUAUUGCCAUUGCCCAUGACAGGAGUCAUUUUAGUUUCACUGGUUCCAUGCUUAUUCUGGCUCUGUUACUUGGUAAGAAGUGAAUAUCCAAAGAACUUGCAGGUUUUAAAGUUGUAGUUGUACAAAAUAGUAAGUGGUAGUGUCAUAAAACAAUAGGAUCUUUUUAGAAGCACUAGUAGACUACAUACAAUAGAUGUGUAAAAGGAAUGACUGUGCCUACAGUUACUGUAUGCAGAUAAUUAAAGUGUCUGAAUCUGGCCAAGGGGUUGCCAAGUGAUAAUAAAAUAAGCUAAUGAGAUCUCUCCUGCAUCAAUCAAAAACACAACUAUAGGUUUGAUAUUAACCAACCCUAUGCUUAAUAUAAUACCAGUUGAAAUGUGCGCAAGGUGGCAUUCCUACCUUCACAAUGACAGUAGUAAAUGUGUUUCUUCUUUUGACAAUGGCCAGCGCUGAAAGACUUUUCGGUCUUUCCUGAAUUUUCAGUACUUCCUGAAGUUGUGUUCACAUUAUCAAAUUAAAAAAAAAAAUAUAUAUAUAUAUAUAUAUCACAACAUUAUCCACUUGCCCUAAAUAUAACAUUAUUGUAGAAGUGGCAUGAUGACAUUAUCAAGCUGUGUCUACUAUGCCUUCUGGUUUGCACAUCCAGAGCUUUUUCAUGUACAAGGGUUCUUGAAAACGUUUCCACAAUCUAUUAAAUAUAAAAGAGUGCAGAAACUUUUUGAAGACCCCUCGUAUAUGAAUACAAUAUAUAACUAUAAAGGCUUCCUAAGGACUGAGGCCCUCAUUCUGUAUUGAAAGGCACAAGGCAUGGUGCUCAAGCAUAGCCAAGCUUUGUCUUAGAGUAGCUGUGCCCUUGUUUACCAGUCUAUAUGUUAUAUUCAAGGGCAUCUUUACGAGGUUCCAUUAAAACAUAGGCUCCAUUUCACAAAACUUAGCCUUCAUUGCUUUGCAUAUAACGAUGUAAAGAUUCCACUAAUCUACAGUGAAUUGAUUAGUUGUUUUUUGCAAAUUAUUAUUGGUUUCAUACCUAACUGGCUACCUUCAUUGCCAGAAGGGCAUACACCAAUAGGCUCACAUUUUGUCUGUUCAGACCAUGUAAGAUCAGAACAAUUGGCAAGUUAAGACAAUAGAGGCUGUAUUCUCAUGGCCUAGGACUACAGUGUAAGUGCCUUCAUGUCAGGUUUGUCAUACAGCAGGCAAGCCAAGUCGCACUUACGAAUAAGUACCUUUCCUUCUAAUGCUUUGACUAAAUUGUGUUGGUUCGUUUGUGGUAAAAAAAGGAUCUUCAUUAAGUUUUGAUUUUGUUUUGUUUUUUCUUUUGUAUGAAAUAUGGCUUACAAUGUGUAUUAAAAUACAGUUUUUUGGUUUGCUCUUCCUUUUUAGUAUUUUGUUUAGCUGGAUUUGUUGUUUCAAGGUGUCAUUACAGGUUUUGCAUGCAGUAAAGUCAAUUUGUUUAAUUGACAAUAGUAUACUAAAAAGGAAUGAGUUAAACUAAAGCUGCACUUUUCAAACAUUUUAACAAAUCAUGUUUUAUUUUUUUUGUAGCAUUCUGAUGGGGCAUUAUGAAAACUGGUGUGUAGAAAGGGGCAUCUGCCUAGGAAUCUUGCAUGCCACCAUUGACCUUCAGCUAUGAGCUGUGACUCGUAGAGGUCUGUAGAUACUGUCAGGUGGCGUCAAAGAGUUGACCAGUUAGAGGUUUAAAUGUGCUGGUAGCUUCUGAAUAUUCUGUCUCCAAUUCCUGGAGGUCCAUUAGAGGCCUUCCAGGGAAAAAGUUACCCCGUUGCUGCUUUAAGAAAAAACAAUCAGCACCUCUUUACAAUAUAAGAAGUUGAAUACUUGUCUUUCCAGCCUAUGCUGUCUUCAAUAGCUUUGGGCGCUGCUGAUAUUUGCCACUUCUGGGUGUGUCAUGUAGUGUGUUCCCCAAUGAGCAGAGAUGUUUCUCCCACCAUUCAGUGUGUCCUGUAGUAACAUCAGCAGCCAGCAGGAGGAGAGCACAGCACCCAACAGGGGAACAUGCUAUACCACAUAUUGGGCUUUUUGUAUUGCAGGUGGCAUCUGAUUGUUUUUUCUUAGAGAAGCCACAGGGUCCUUUUAAGACCAAGAGAUUAUUAUUAUUAUUAUUAUUAUUAUUUUUGUACAAUGUUGAAAUAUAGAUGUGUCUGCAUCUGUUUUUCUUUUAUCUGUGCACUUGUGAUAGGCCUACAAUGCUAAACUAUAUUGCAUACUUGUUUUUUUUCUGUAAGUGUCAAAUAACAGCACUAUCAAUGUAUUCAAUGUGAAGCCUAAUUUUAAACUGGUUAUUUAAUUGUAGAAAAUUGUAGACCGAAGGAACUGGAGAAAUUCCAAACACUGUUCAACAGCAGCUCUUUGGCCUAAUAACUGCCAAUAUUUUGCUAAUUUUUUUCCGAGUUCAGACAGGGAACUCAAUGAAUUUACACAUGCAGUUAUUCCUUCCUUAUCUUUUUAUUAGUGCUGAUGGAAUUAGGUGUUAGAUAUUUCAGAAAAAACGCAACUCAAAUACCUUUUACCAUUUACCACAUAGCAUUUGUCAUCCGAAAGACCUUGCUUUAAUCCACUGAAUAUAAUUCCAGUUAAUAGACAAUUUGCAUUAUCUCCUGUGGCGCACUGUAGAAUAUUUUAUCUGGCACUAGUCAUUUCUCCGACAUGUCUUGUUUGUUAGCUGAGCCUGACUGCCUGCCACAAGCCUCUUUAUUGUUCACUAAAGUGCUUAUUAUAACAGGUGAUCACAGGAACAUCAGCUUGUAGUUGUGCUGUAGGCACAUACCACAUAUACUGGUGCAAUUAGUGAAGUGCUGUGGGAUCACGGUGUAGCUCUUUUUCUGCAGUUCACUAUAUCAUUUUAUAAUCCACUGCCAAAGUUUGUUUGUGGCACACUAAUAUCUGUCUGUAGUGUAUUUUGUUUCUAACGCCUCUGUUUGCUCAGUUGUCAGAGAUACCUGAAUGGAAAAACUGUGUUCAGAUAUAUUCUAAGUGAAUCUCAAGCUUAUGGUUUUUAAGUACAUUUCCUUAUAGAAGCAAUCACUUUGAAGGUCCUGGGUUCACAAACAUUCUGUGAUUUUUCAAUGCAUCUCAAAAUAAAUAUAUUUACAAGCUGAAA